AUGGGGAAAAGGAAAUUUUCAGGGUUGGAGAUCGCCCUGAUGGUGAUGUUCACACUGAUAUCCAUCACAGCGAUCGCCCUCAUCGUGCUGUUUGCCUUGGGAGAGAGCGGGGUCAUCCAAGAUGACAAGUUCAUUCCCCAGUGUCCAAACAUCCCCCAAGCAGAAAGAGUGGACUGCUUUCCAGAUGCUGGAGCGUCCAAGGCCAGGUGUGAGCAGCGCGGCUGCUGCUGGAGUCCGCUGGACGACAGACGUGUCCCCUGGUGUUAUUUCUCCUCCAACCACGGAUACGUAGCUCAGUCUGUGGACCAGUCCGAUCCAAACGUGGUGAAGGCUCGUCUUAUGAGAAUGGGAUCGCCCUCUUUAUUCGGCAAAGAUGUCAAAGAACUGGCCUUCCAGGCAGAUAUGCAGACCGAAAACCGUCUCCGGUUCAAGAUCUACGAUCCCCACGUCACGAGGUUUGAGGUGCCCCACGAACACGUGGCGAAGCUGGCCAGCAAGCCAAGCCACCCCAUCGGCAACACACUGGUCGUCACCAAGGAACCGUUUGGGCUGACCGUCUACCGGAAAGAGACCAAGAAGGCUAUAUUCAACACGACGAUGGCCCCGCUGAUAUUCUCCGACCAGUACCUUCAGCUGUCUGCCAAGCUUCCAUCCCACAAUAUCUACGGCCUGGGGGAGCACGUGCACCAACGCUUUCUCCACGACACCAACUGGAGAACGUGGCCAAUCUUCACGAGAGAUGGUUUUCCUAACGGGGGCACCCACAACCUCUACGGCCACUACCCUUUCUUCCUCUGUCUUGAAGACAACAGUGGGAAGUCGUUUGGCGUCUUCCUCAUGAACAGCAAUGCGAUGGAGGUGACUCUUCAGCCGGCACCAGCAGUAACCUACAGAACCAUCGGAGGUGUGCUGGACUUCUAUAUCUUCUUUGGAAACACGCCGGAACAAGUGGUCCAGCAGUUCCUUGAGCUGAUUGGACGACCUGUAAUCCCUCCCUACUGGUCACUGGGAUUCCAGUUAUCCCGGUGGGACUAUGGAAGUCUGGAGGAGGUUAAGAAUACCGUGGACAGGAACCGCGCUAUUGAAAUUCCAUAUGAAAUACAGUACACUGACAUCGACUACAUGGAGGACAAGAAAGACUUCACGUACGACAAAGUGAAGUUCAAAGAUCUGCCGACAUUUGCCGACUACCUCAACGAGAAGGGCCAGAAAUACAUCCUUAUCUUGGAUCCAGCUAUUGCCACAAGCAAGCGGGUGGGAAAUGCUCCCUAUGACUCCUAUGACCGUGGCACGUUGAAGAAGGCCUGGGUGACCACUUCAGAUGGAAAAACGCCUUUGCUGGGCGAGGUGUGGCCCGGGCAGACAGUGUUCCCAGACUACACCAGCUCGAACUGCAGUGAAUGGUGGACUGAUGAAUACGAACGCUUCUACAAGGAGAUCAAACAUGACGCCCUCUGGAUUGACAUGAAUGAAGUAUCAAAUUUCCAGAAAGGAUCAAUAAACGGUUGUGAAGACAAUGAACUUAACUACCCUCCAUACACACCAAAGAUUCUGGACGAAGUGAUGUACAGCAAGACGCUGUGCAUGGAUUCCAAGCAGGAAUGGGGGACUCACUAUGACGUCCACAGUUUGUACGCCUACUCCAUGGUGUUGGCCAGUGAAGUUGCCAUGAAGAAGGUCUUUGGACAAAAGCGCAGCUUGAUGUUGACCCGGUCCUCCUUCCCUGGUGUGGGGAAAUACUCUGGUCACUGGCUGGGCGACAACGCUGCCAACUGGAAUGAUAUUAAAUGGGCAAUCCCUGGCAUGCUGGAGUUUGGGCUCUUCGGGGUUCCUUACAUUGGUGCAGAUGUUUGCGGCUUCUUUGACGACUCAUCUGAAGAGUUGUGCCAACGCUGGAUGCAGGUGGGAGCCUUCUAUCCCUUCAGCCGAAAUCACAACGCCCAGGGUUACAAGCCCCAGGACCCUGCGGCCUACGGCGCUGACUCGGCACUGGUUCGCUCCUCCAAACACUACCUGAACAUCCGCUACACUCUGCUGCCCUACCUCUACACGCUCUUCUACAGAGCCCACACCGCAGGAGACACCGUGGUGCGGCCCCUCAUGCACGAAUUUUAUUCGGACAGCGCCACUUGGGCUGUUGACCGACAGUUCCUGUGGGGAAAACACCUGCUGAUCACUCCAGUGCUCGACCCGGGCGUGGACAGAGUCCAGGCGUACAUCCCCGACGCCGUGUGGUAUGACUACGAGACGAUGGAGAAAGUGCCUUUCCGAAAACAGAGCGUAGAUAUGUUUCUUCCAGCCGAAAAGCUUGGACUGCACAUUAGAGGCGGCGCGAUCCUCCCCACCCAGGAGCCAGCCGUCACCACGGUGUACAGUCGGCUCAACCCCAUGGGUUUGAUCGUGGCUCCUGACGGUAACUCCCAGGCAGCCGGGGACCUUUUCUGGGACGAUGGAGAAUCUAGAGACACAGUCCAAAGCGACAUGUUCACCCUCUACAACUUCACCUUCGACCGGGGAGUGCUGAAAGCGGAUGCCAUGAAAACGGGUUACACAGAUCCACAUGACUUGAAGUUCCAGACCGUAACAAUCCUUGCUGUGCCAGCACACCCGGGCAUCGUGUCGGUGACACAAGGGGCUGACACCACCUUGCUGCCAGAGGCCAGCGUUGAGCAUAAUGCUACAAAUCAGGUGCUCAUCCUUAAGAACCUCUCCCUGAACUUCGGAGAGAGCUUUGAAAUCCAGUGGGACUUUAUCAGAGAGGAAGACAUGCGAUUCGACUGCCAUCCUGAGGACGGCGCAGAUGAGACCAAGUGUGCAGCCAGAGGAUGCUUGUGGAGGCCCAGCACUGUCGAAUCUGUGCCAUGGUGCAUCUACCCAGCGGACUAUGGAUACAGUGUUACUGGUGAAACUGUCACUGACACAGGCAUAAGACUGGAUCUCAAUCGAAACAAAAAAUACAAGAGCAGCGGACGGCCAGACUCCCCAGACAUCGAUACACUCCAUGUUGAAAUUACCUUCCACACUGCUGACAUGCUACAGUUCAAGAUCACAGACCCAAAGACAAAGAGGUAUGAGGUUCCGGUGCCACUGUCCACACCUGCUGCUCCCGAGGCCAGCGAAGCAAAGAGGCUGUACCGAGUCAUGGUCACCAAAAAUCCUUUCGGCAUCCAGAUUGUGAGGAAAAGCACUGGAACCAAAAUCUGGGACUCGUCCGUGCCAGGUUUCACCUUCUCCGACAUGUUCAUCCAAGUGUCGACAAUGCUGCCGUCAAAGUCCAUCUACGGUUUUGGGGAGACAGAGCAUCCAACUUAUAAACAUGACCUCAACUAUCACACUUGGGGAAUGUUUUCCAAGGAUGAGCCACCUGGUUACAAGAAGAACAACUACGGCGUGCACCCGUUCUACAUGGGUUUGGAGACGACUGCCCAUGCUCACGGAGUGCUGCUGCUCAACAGCAAUGCCAUGGAUGUGACCCUGCAGCCAACCCCAGCUCUGACCUACCGGACUGUGGGAGGCAUACUGGAUUUCUACGUUGUUCUGGGGCCCACUCCAGAGAUGGUGGUGCAGGAGUACACUGCACUGAUUGGGCGACCUGUCCUACCUGCCUAUUGGUCCCUUGGGUUCCAGCUCUGCCGCUACGGUUAUGCAAACGACACGGAAAUAUCGAACCUGUACAAGGAGAUGCUCGCUGCAAAAAUCCCCUAUGAUGUGCAGUACGCAGACAUCGAUUACAUGGAGCGGCAGCUGGACUUCACGUUGAAUCCCAAGUUUGAGAACCUCCCGACCCUGGUCGACAGCAUGAGAAGCGAAGGCAUGCGAUUCAUAUUCAUCCUGGACCCGGCCAUCUCAGGUAACGAGACAAACUACCGUGCCUUUGACAGAGGUCAAGAACAAGACGUCUUCAUCAAAUGGCCCAAAGAAAUAAGCGAUUCCAUUGUGUGGGGGAAGGUCUGGCCCGACAAACCCAACGUCACAGUUGACGACACCCUGCCCUGGGACGAACAAGUGGAGCUUUACAGGGCGUACGCUGCAUUCCCUGACUUCCUCCGCACUCAGACGGCCACCUGGUGGCAUCAGGAAAUAAAGGACUACUACGACGAAGUCAUGAAGUUUGACGGCCUGUGGAUCGACAUGAACGAACCUGCCAGCUUUGUCCACGGCACCGUCGGCAAGUGCCUCGGGAACCCGCUCCUGGAUAUGCCACCGUACAUGCCACGCUUGGACUUCAUGGAGCGCGGGUUGACCCACAAGACUUUGUGCAUGAACAGUGAACAGAUACUCAGCGACGGAACAAAAGUCAGACACUAUGAUGUGCACAAUAUCUACGGAUGGUCUCACACCAAGCCGACAUACGAUGCCUUGCUGAACGUCACUGGGAAGAGAGGCAUCGUGGUGACCAGGUCCACCUUCCCAUCCAGUGGAAAGUGGUCGGGCCAUUGGCUGGGAGACAACAACGCCAGCUGGGACCAAAUGUACAAAUCCAUCAUUGGCAUGAUGGAGUUCAGCAUGUUUGGCAUUUCCUACACGGGUGCCGACAUUUGUGGAUUCUUUAACAAAGCUGAAUAUGAGAUGUGUCUCCGCUGGACGCAGUUGGGCGCUUUCUACCCAUACGCUCGCAACCACAAUGGCAAGGGCAACCCGAGACAAGAUCCCGUCGCUUGGAACGCCACGUUUGCUGACGCCUCCCGGAAUGUCCUCAAUGUCCGCUACACACUUCUGCCGUACCUCUACACGCUCAUGUAUGAGGCUCACACCAAAGGAAGCACAGUUGUCCGGCCAGUACUGCAUGAAUUCACGGACGACCAAACAACCUGGGACAUCUACCGGCAGUUCCUGUGGGGGCCUGCUCUUCUCAUCACUCCUGCUCUGGACCCGGGCGUCACCACAGUGGAGGCCUAUGUUCCCAAGGCGAAGUGGUACGACUACUACACCGGUGAGAGUCUUGGUGUGCGUGGCAAGAUGGUCAAGAUGUACACUCCACUUGAUCACAUCAACCUUCACGUGAGAGGGGGCCACAUCCUGCCGUGGCAGAAGCCGGAGAACAACACGCACUACAGUCGGAUGAAUCCGCUCGGACUGAUCGUGGCUCUGAAUGACUUGGGGACUGCUAAGGGAUCGUUCUUCUGGGAUGACGGAGAAGGAAUUGACACGGUGAAAAAUGGAGAGUACCUGCUGACCAACUUUAACGUGAAGCAGAAAACCUUGACAUCACAAGUUGUCGUGAACAAGAUUGCUGCCAAGGACUUACUGACACUCGGCGUGGUGAGAGUUUGGGGAGCAGGCUUUAGAAAAAUCACAACAGCCAGUCUCACAGUAGGAACUGGUGCGCCACAGGCCUUGACUCCAGAGUACAACACUGCGACGCAGGUGCUGACCAUUGACGUCACCAGCAAGUCUGUCUCGCUGGGGGCGCCAUUCACGAUCAAAUGGAGUUGAAGACCUGCUGUGGUCAAUGUCGAUGUUAUUAACUUAAUAAACCUGUGUGUGCAGUGA